UAGAAAGGUUAAGUCAUUUGUGCGAGAGCAUGCCGCUGAGGCUCAAUUCCACAACUGUCUGACCCCGAAGCCUGUGCCCCUUUUCUUCCUCCCCAUGGAGCACACCCCCACCCCACUGACCGCCUUUGCCCGGUGAGAAGGAGAAGAGAAAGGACUUCUGUCGCCUUCAUAUUUCCCCACUAUUUGCUGAGCGCUGCUCCCAAGGCACGUCCUAUGCAUCAUGUCAUGCCUCUGCUCUUACUACAGCCCAUGAAUGUCCAUUUUCCAGUUGAAGAAACUAAGUCACAAAGGGCAGUCUGCCCAGGGUCCCCAAGUAGAGAAUGGCAGGCUGAGAUUGAAAUCCAGGCCAUCAGACCCCGCUAUGCAGCCACCCCCUUCUAUUGAUGCUAGGAGAGCACGGGGACGUGCACAACACACAGAUGUCCCUGGGCACCCUGAGCCCUUCAUGCAGGUGGCCAUCAUCUGGGACUGGAGCGUCCAAAGCAGGGGGCAGACGCCCAGGCAGCACAAAUGCCUGAUAGGGAUGCCCUCCUCACUAUCCCUCAUACACUGUCCAGCAUACUCCUGCCGCAUGGCUGUAUGCCUGGGCUGUUCCCUCUCCCUGUGAUGCUUUUCCCCCAGAUGUACACCUGGCUUGCUCUCUCUCACCCUUCCCACGUCUGCUCAGGUGUCUCCUUCUCUGAGAGCUCUUCCUUUACCUCCCUAUUUGUCCCAUGUUCCCCUUGCCCUGUUUUACUUCUCUUCUGACCAUUUACCACCAGCUGACAUGUGUAGUAAUAUGUCUCCUCCGCUAGAACAUAAGCUCUAUAAGAUCAGGGACUUGGCCUGUUUUACUGUCCAGGGUGAAACAGUGCCAGGACAGUGCCUGCCUCAUAGUCCUGCCCAAUCAACCUUGCUUGUACAAGUGAAUGAAUGAAUGAAUGAAUGACGCAAGAGCCCAUUCCCUAGAAUGGAAAUCCAGUGUCAGAACAGGCCCAGCCAUCACACCCAGCAAUGUGAUUGGAUGCCUGCCUGGGGCAAGGCCAAGCCUUUAGCUGGGAACCGCAUGGUCCCAAUGCAUUUUCAGAGGUUCCUUGUCAUUUCACCAACACUCAUCAGGGACCCCCGUAGCCACAAGACUGUGCUGGGCCAGCUCAGGGUGGGCUGAUGGGGUGGGGUGGCAGAUAUCUGGAACUCUGUGUCUGGGGCCUGUUGGUCCCAUGUACACACUGAGUACCUACACCACUGGGACAGAGAAACGAGUCCCGCUGCCCUGCAGGGCCGAGAAGGGCCGCUCCAGGGGCCUGGGGUGAGGGGAGGGACAGGCCAGAGCAGACCCAGGCCACACUUGAACCUCAGGGAAUGACAAGCACCUCCCUUGGCGUGUCUCCUCCACUUGCCCUAGUUACUGACUAGAGGAAAAGUUGACUUUGUUUCAGUGCAGGACUAACAGCAUCAUCUGUCUUUGCACCUUUGCCGAAUGUGCUAGAAUGUAAGCUCCAGGCAGACGGGGAUUUUGUCAGCUGUGCACAGUGACUGGCACAUGUGGCAGCUCCCGAGCCACUCAUGGGAUGAUGGGCUUGUUGAAGGUGUGUGCCCACUGCUGUCAUGGGGCCACAUUAUAUCCUUCCCAGUGAUCCCAUGCCCGUCGUCCCCCAGGGUCUUCACAGAGGGCAGGGGUCAGCCCCACGGGGGUCUGUUGUGAGGAUGACACCAGCCUUGUGUGCCUGACCCAGAGCAGCCCACGGCAGAUAUUAGCUCUUCCAGUGUCUUGCUCCUGGUCCUCUUGGGCACAUGACGACACUGGGCCAUGGCGAGGUCUAGCAAAUGACAUACCUUGCCCUUUAGCCUGGAGCCGUUUCCUCCGCACACCUAGUAAGCGUCUGCAUUUGAACUGUAAUCUGUCACUUGAACUCGUUCCAUCAGAUUGCGGAAGGUGGCGACCGUCCCCAGUGGGGUGUUAGGCCACAUCAUGGUUAAAUAUCGGGGACCAUGGAUUUGGCUUCCCUGGCUGAUGGGUUCGGAGAUGUGCAGGAGGGCCUGUGGCUCUGUGGGCCCUCCCCACUGGGCCUGGAGCCCUCGGCACACAGCCGCGAUUCUGAAAGCUGACAGAUGCCCAGUGUUCCCACAGACAGGCCAGGGAGAUGGGGCCACGCGGCCAGAACAGCUGGGUGGAGGCUGGUGGCAGGAGGUAGCAUGAGGCCCUGCUUUGUUCCUGGAUGGUCAUGGGGUCAGUCAGAAACACAGAGAAGCCCCUUUCCUUUCCCUUUGGGCCACAGCCCAGGAUUCAGAGCUUCCUGCUUGCUGGCCAAGGAGAGCCGCUGGGAGAGCCCUGGAUGGGGCUUGGCACUAACGCUGGCAGGCCACCAGCAUGGGCUGCCAGUCCGCGCUGGGGCCUCUCCGUUCCUGCAGCCCUCCUGCUCACUCCAGGAGUGCCCUGGGUUAACCGAACCCAAACUGGGAGCCCGAGCCCCUGGCUGGACCCCAUGCUGCUGCUCAAUGGCUGUGUGGCCUUGAGCGUGUCACCUUCCUCCUGCCAUCUCUGUCCCCUCACAAAACUGCCACGGAGCUCAGAGGAAGAACUUCGUUCUCUGUCUGCCACCUAGUGUAUUUGCCACAUACGGUGAAGACAGUGCCAGAAAGGAGGGGGGUGGGAAACAGCAGGUAUCCCCUACCUUCUUUCCUGGAAGCAGAUGGUAGCCACGACCUCAUGCCCCAACCCUGAAGACUGUCAGCAAACAAUGAGGUGUGGGUAAUGGGAAGGGCAUACCUGAAAGCCAGCCUCCCCGAAGGGCAUCACAGACUCAUCUGUGAGCUCGUCUUCACCAGCUUAAGGACAGGGCUCCCUUUCAUCAGCAGACCGGUGGACUGAUCCACAAAUAGUCCCAGGUUCCCCAGGGCCAGCAGUGGAAGGAGGCUCCCUCAGUUGCCAGGUCUGCCUGACUCUGUCCCCCGGAGCACGCUCACACUCCCACACCUGCAUGCUACUGAUCUAAACACUGGCUCAGGCGUAGACGUGGCCCAGUGGCCUCUGGUACAAAAGUCAUGCUCAGGAGAUGUCUUUGUUGCUGAGCUCACCACCUCCUUCAAGAAAAGCCUCUCUCAGUUUUCUCCAUGGAUAUGUAGCAGGUGUUUAAGUUCUGGGCCCCUGGCCUCAAUGACAAGAACAGGUUUCUUGCCUUUGUAAAACUCUGGAGUCCAUUAGAUUUUCUUUUGUGGACUACAUGGGCAGAGCCCGAUAAGGCAGCCUCUUUCCUUGGGUCCACAAUCUGACUGAGGGCUUUGUUUAAAUGCCAAGGAGCUCAUUCUUUGAUCAUUAUUGUUAUUUCAGUGGCAGGAAGCCCAAACAUUUGUAGAUUUCCCCUUGCGCUAGAUCUUCUGUAAUCUAUUCAUCACUGACAGUGAAGACAUAGAAAUUGGGUGCAGGGGCAUAUGACUGUGUCCACAUUUAACUUCUGGGACAGUUCCAGGAAUUCUCUAUAGCUGAGCAAGCAGAACCAUGGGGCAUCAGAUGAUCCACAGAGCAACCUGCUGAUCCUUCUGGUGGUUUGAUGUCAGGAGCAAUGUGGCUUAUUUUGCCACACCGUGAAUCCAUAAAAAUCAUGAAAUCUCCAUGUUGGAAGCUCAAGUAUUUAAAACCACUCCUGCCACCCCCCUAGAGCCUUGAGGUGAUCUGAAAGAAUACCAUACUUGUUUGGGCCUCCCUCCAACACCGUCCUCCAAGCUCUUAGAAAUCUCUGACACAUCCCAACCAUGAGACCACGGCUGACUUUUGGCAGGAUUUGAGGCACAACCUGGCAGCCUCUAACUAUUUCAUGGCGGAGCCUCAAGAGGUACUGGCCAGGCCAACUCUCCCUUCCAGAGGGCAGAGCAGAGCGUGAGAGGAAGGCCACGCAGCGGAAGUGGACAUGAACGCUGGUUUCCAAAGAGAACAGUGUUUUAGUUUUGGUCAUCGAAAGUGGUGCCUUCAGCACAGAAGAGCGUGACUUCCCCUCUGUGGCUGUGGAUCUCCAACACGGGACCCCAGGGGAGAAGGGACUGGACCGAGCUGCCUGAGGCAGCCAGCGUGGCUUCUCCAGCGCCAGGACGAGGGAUGAGUGGGACGUGCCUGCAGAUGUGUCUAGCCUCCGACCACUCGCAUAGCACACAGGGGACUUGUGGGUGGCCACUCGCCACUGCCAACUGAAACAGUAUGAUGGCAACAUUGACAUCCUUCAUGACGUUUCCACAACAGACAUUCAAGCAGAAAGUGCUGGCGCAUUUUCUGUCUUCAAAGUAGAGGGCCAUGCCUCACCCAUGUGAAUAGUUUGGGCCCCAAUGACCUGCUCUGAGUCCACUCACAGCCAGUGACACUUGCAAAAAAUUCCCAAAGCCCAUCUUGGGUUUGGCUUCCACAGCUCUUGACCAAUGUGGCCAAAGCCAGACGCCUCCUUGGGACACUUGGAUUAUUCAUAAAUGCAGCCUGCCCCAGCCCUCCCUGAAUAGCAUCUGAAGUCUCUGGGGAGGUCAUGGAUCCUGAACAAAGUGUCAAGGGCACCAAGAAGGCUGAGGGAAGUCCCCGGAAGCGGCUGACCAAAGGAGAGGCCGUGCAGGCCAGUGUUUCGUCCGGUGCCCCGUACCCAGGCAGCAGCACGGCUGUCCCCCAAGAGGGCCCCCUCCAGGAGCUCCUAGCCCCGCAGCCCUUCUCGGGCCCUCCAUCAGUUCUUAGGGAAGGCUCUCAGGAGAAAACAGGCCAGCAGCAGAAGCCCCCCAAGAGGUCCUCCAUUGACACCUCCAUCCCCAUCUCACAGCUUCCGCAGCACCCUCUGACACCAGCAUUCAUGUCGCCUGGCAAACCGGAGCAUCUCCUAGAGGGGUCCACGUGGCAGCUGGUCGACCCCAUGAGACCUGGACCCUCAAGCUCUUUCGUGACCCCUGGGCUUCAUCCGUCAGGCCAGCUCCUCCCUUCCCACGCUUCUAUCAUCCCUCCUGAGGACCUGCCUGGCCUCCCCAAAGUCUUUGUGCCCCGUCCCUCCCAGGUGUCCUUGAAGCCCCCAGAAGAGGCACACAAGAAGGAGAGGAAACCCCAGAAGCCAGGCAAGUACAUAUGUCAGUACUGCAGCCGGCCCUGCGCCAAGCCCAGUGUGCUCCAGAAACAUAUCCGCUCGCACACCGGCGAGAGACCCUACCCCUGUGGCCCCUGCGGCUUCUCGUUCAAGACCAAGAGUAACCUAUACAAGCACAGGAAGUCCCAUGCCCACCGCAUCAAAGCUGGUCUGGCCUCAGGAGUGGGUGGCGAGAUGUACCCCCCGGGGCUGGAGAUGGAGAGGGUCCCCGGGGAGGAGUUCGAGGAGCCCACUGAGGGGGAAAGCACAGAUUCGGAGGAGGAAACGGGCAGCGCAUCUGCCCACCCCGCAGAGCUCUCCCCCAGGCCUAAGCACCCCCUUCUAUCUAGUGGUCUGUAUAGCUCCGGGAGCCAGGGCUCCAGCCACGAGCGCUGUUCCCUGUCCCAGUCCAGCUCAGCCCCGUCGCUCGAGGACACCACUCCAUUCACGGAGCCCUCGUCAGAACACCCCCUGAGCCAGAAACCCGAAGACACCCACACCAUAAAGCAGAAGCUGGCCCUCCGCUUGAGUGAGAGGAAGAAGGUGAUGGACGAGCAGGCGUUUCUGAGCCCAGGCAGCAAAGGGAGUACAGAAUCUGGGUAUUUCUCCCGCUCUGAGAGCGCCGAGCAGCAGGUCAGCCCCCCAAACACCAACGCCAGGUCCUACGCCGAGAUCAUCUUGGGCAAGUGCGGACGGAUCGGGCAGCGGACCGCCAUGCUGACGGCCACCUCCACCCAGCCCCUCCUGCCCCUGGCCACUGAAGACAAGCCCAGCCUGGUGCCUUUGUCUGUGCCCCGGACGCAGGUCAUCGAGCACAUCACCAAGCUCAUCACCAUCAACGAGGCCGUGGUGGACACCAGCGAGAUCGACAGCGUGAAGCCAAGGAGGAGCUCGCUGUCCAGGCGCAGCAGCAUGGAGUCACCCAAAUCCAGCCUCUACCGGGAGCCCCUGUCGUCCCACGGCGAGAAAGCCACCAAGCCUGAACAAUCACUGCUGAGCCUCCAGCACCCGCCCAGCACCACCCCCCCUGUGCCUCUGCUGAGAAGCCAUUCAAUGCCUUCUACCACCUGCACCCUCAGCACCCCCCAUCACACCUUCCGAGGUAGCUACUCCUUCGACGACCACGUCGCCGACUCGGAAGCCCUGAGCCGCAGCAGUCACGUGUUUACCUCCCACCCCCGGAUGCUCAAGCGUCAGCCGGCCAUCGAACUACCUUUGGGAGGGGAGUACAGUUCGGAGGAGGCGGGGCCCAGUAGCAAAGACACGGCCUCCAAGCCCACAGACGAGCCAGAAACCAAGGAAAGCGAACUCACCAAAAAGACAAAGAAGGGUUUGAAAACAAAAGGGGUGAUCUAUGAAUGUAACAUAUGUGGUGCUCGGUACAAGAAGAGGGACAACUACGAAGCCCAUCGAAAGUACUACUGCUCAGAGCUUCAGAUCUCGAAGCCCGUCUCUGCAGGUGGUGCUCACGCGUCCCCGGAGGCGGAAAAGAGCCAGGCCGAGCACGAGCCCUGGUCCCAGAUGAUGCAUUACAAACUGGGGACCACCUUGGAACUCACCCCACUGAGGAAGAGGAGGAAAGAGAAGAGCCUUGGGGAUGAGGAAGAGCCACCCGCCUUCGAGUCGGCGAAAAGUCAGUUCGGCAGCUCCGGCCCGUCGGAUGCUUCUCGGAACCUUCCCCUGGAGUCCACCAAGUCACCAGCAGAGCCGAGUAAGUCAGUGCCCUCCCUGGAGGGACCCACGGGCUUCCAGCCAAGGACUCCCAAGCCAGGGUCUGGGCUAGAGUCAGGGAAGGAGAGGAGAACAACAUCCAAAGAAAUCUCUGUCAUCCAGCACACCAGCUCCUUCGAGAAGUCCGACUCUCUGGAGCAGCCCAGCGGCUUGGAAGGGGAAGACAAGCCCCCGGUCCCAUUCUCCUCCCCUCCCCCCGCCCCGCACGGACGCUCAGCCCACUCCCUGCAGCCCAGGCUGGUCCGCCAGCCCAACAUUCAGGUCCCCGAGAUCCUGGUGACUGAGGAGCCCGACCGGCCAGACACGGAGCCUGAGCCGCCCCCUAAGGAACCCGAGAAGACAGAGGAAUUCCAGUGGCCCCAGCGCAGCCAGACGCUUGCCCAGCUCCCAGCUGAGAAGCUGCCACCCAAGAAGAAGAGGCUGCGCCUGGCAGAGAUGGCCCAGUCGUCGGGGGAGUCCAGCUUUGAGUCGUCUGCACCCCUGUCUCGCAGUCCCAGCCAGGAAAGCAGUGUCUCCCUGAGCGGGUCCAGCCGCUCUGCCUCCUUCGAGAGGGAUGACCACGGAAAAGCCGAGGCCCCUGGGCUCUCAUCCGACCCACGCCCCAAACCCUUGGGCACCCACAUGCUGACUGUCCCCAGCCACCACCCACACGCCCGAGAGAUGCGGAGGUCAGCCUCAGAGCAGAGCCCCAACAUCUCCCAUUCUGCGCAUAUGACUGAGACACGCAGCAAAUCAUUCGACUACGGCAGCUUGUCCUUGACAGGCCCCUCUGUGCUGGCCCCUGCAGCCCCCGCGACCCCUGUGGUCCCGCCGGCCCCGCCAGAGAGAAGGAAAUGCUUUUUGGUGAGACAGGCCUCUCUGAGCAGGCCUCCAGACCCCGAGCUAGAGACCACCCCCAAGGGGAGACAGGAGAGCGAGGAACCAAAGCCCUCAUGCAGUAAACCUUCCACCAAAAUCUCAUUGCUCCAGAGUUCCUCAGCGGCCACCUCACACAGCGGGCACCCGGGAGGCAAGAGCCAGGUGCAGGACAGACCCCCACUGGGGUCCACUCCACCUUACACAGAAGCCCUGCAGGUGUUUCACCACCCCAUUGCCCAGCUGCCCCUGCAUGAGAAGCCGUACCUGCCCCCACCCGUCUCCCUUUUCUCCUUCCAGCACCUCUUACAGCAUGAGCCAGGACAGUCUUCAGAGUUCUUCUCCACCCAGGCCAUGUCCAGCCUCCUCUCUGCACCAUACUCUAUGCCCCCUCUUCCUCCCUCCUUAUUUCAAGCCCCGCCACUUCCUCUCCAGCCUACCGUUCUGCACCCCGGCCAGCUCCCCCUCCCCCAGCUCCUGCCUCACCCAGCCAGCAUCCCCUUCAGGCAGCCCCCUUCAUUUCUCCCCGUGCCCUACCCAGCCUCGUCAGCACUCUCUUCUGGAUUCUUCCUGCCUCUGCAAUCCCAGUUCUCGCUUCCACUCCCUGGGGAUGUGGAAAGCCAUCUGCCCCAGAUCAAAACCAGCCCUGCCCCGCUGGCAACAGGAAGCACGGGCCUUUCCCCCAGCACAGAGUACGGCAAUGAUGUCCAGCUGCCCCCCAGGGAUCCCCCAGCCAGCUGCUCAGCACCCACAUCAGCCCCUCCGCCUACCCUGCCGGCCUGUCCCGAUGCCACGGUGUCCCUGGUUGUGCCAGUCCGCAUUCAGACCAACAUGCCGUCCUAUGGGAGUGUCAUGUACACCACCCUCUCCCAGCUCCUGGUCACCCAGUCCCAAGGCAGCUCAGCAACUGCAACUCUUCCCAAGUGUGAGGAGCCCCCGUGCAAAGGGACGACAGUGUGUGGGACAGAUGUGUAUGAGGUCAGACCUGGCUCGGCUAGGGGAAGUGAAGAGCAGAGCAGAGGCUUCCCGACUCCAUACUUGAGAGUGCCUGUGACGUUACCAGAAAGAAAAGGCACUUCCCUGUCAUCAGAGACUGUUGUGAGCUUGGAGGGGAGUUCUUCCACAGUUGGGGGGAGCAAACGCGUCCUUUCACCGGCUGGCAGCCUGGAACUUACCAUGGAAACCCAGCAGCAAAAAAGGGUGAAGGAAGAGGAGGUUUCCAAGGCAGAUGAAACACUCGAGCUGGUAAAACCAUGCAGUGUGGUGCUCACCAGCACAGAGGACAGCAAAAGGCCAGAGAAAUCCCACCUGGGCAGCCAGAGCCAGGGCAGGAGGGAGCUAGAAACAGCAUCCAGCCUAUCCUCAGAUCCUUCUGACCCAAAAGAAAUGACUCCCCUUCCGCACUCCUCAUUGCCCCAUGCAACGGCCCCAGGCUCAGAGGCAUUGAAGGAAUACACCCAGCCAUCCAGUAAGCCUCACCGAAGAGGGCUGCCCCCACUGAGUGUGAAGAAAGAAGAUUCCAAGGAACAACCUGACCUCCCUCCACUGGCACCUUCCAGCUCGCUGCCUCUGUCAGAAACGUCCCCCAGGCCAGCCAAGUCGCAAGAAGGUACGGACUCAAAGAAGGUACUGCAGUCCCCCAGCCUCCACACGACCACUAAUGUCAGUUGGUGCUAUUUAAACUACAUUAAGCCAAAUCACAUCCAGCAUGCAGAUAGGAGGUCCUCUGUUUACGCUGGUUGGUGCAUAAGUUUGUACAACCCCAACCUUCCGGGGGUUUCCACUAAAGCUGCUUUGUCCCUCCUGAGGUCUAAGCAGAAGGUGAGCAAAGAAACAUACACCAUGGCCACAGCUCCGCAUCCUGAGACAGGAAGGCUUGUGCCAUCCAGCUCCCGCAAGCCCCGCAUGACAGAGGUUCACCUCCCUUCGCUGGUUUCCCCGGAAGGCCAGAAAGAUCUAGCUAGAGUGCAGAAGGAAGAAGAGAAGCGAGGGAAGCCGGAGGAGGACGCUCCCGCCUCCAAACGAGGGGAGCCAGCGAGGAUCAAAAUCUUCGAAGGAGGGUACAAAUCAAACGAAGAGUAUGUAUAUGUGCGAGGCCGCGGCCGAGGGAAAUAUGUUUGUGAGGAGUGUGGAAUUCGCUGCAAGAAGCCCAGCAUGCUGAAGAAACACAUCCGCACCCACACUGACGUCCGGCCCUAUGUGUGCAAGCACUGUCACUUUGCUUUUAAAACCAAAGGGAAUCUGACUAAGCACAUGAAGUCGAAGGCCCACAGCAAAAAGUGCCAAGAGACAGGGGUGCUUGAGGAGCUGGAAGCCGAAGAAGGAACCAGUGAUGACCCGUUCCAGGACUCAGAAGGGCGAGAGGGCUCAGAGGCCGUGGCGGAGCACCAGUUUUCAGACCUGGAGGACUCAGACUCGGACUCAGACCUGGACGAAGACGAGGAUGAGGACGAAGAGGAGAGCCAGGACGAGCCAUCGGGACCGGCCUCGGAGGCACCCCCGCCUGGCCCGCUGGCCCCGCUGCCGGCAGACUCCUCCCCCGGUCCGGGCCCUCAGCACCCCGAUGCCACCUCGGGCAGCCAGGCCGCGCGGGGCAGCUCUGGGUCGGAAGCGGAGCUCUUGGCAGCCGGCAGUGGCUCCGCGUCCUGCCUCAGCACCCCGUGCCUCCCCCGGCUGGGACCGGCCCCUCUAGGCCCAGUGGAGAAGGACACAGGCUCAGCCCUGAGCUCCAAGACUGUGUCCCCAAGAAGGCCGUGGUCCCCAAGCAAAGACACAGGCAGCCGCCCACCACUGACCCACAAACACUCACUAACCAAAAGCGACUCGUCUCCCCAGCGACACUCACCGGCCCGAGAGCCACAGGCCUCCACCCCAAGCCCGCCUGGCCCCCAGACGGGCCCUCUCCCUUGUGGGUCUCCAAGACUCGAGCAAUCGCCUCUCACCCCCCGCCCCCUGGGAAGGGAACUGUCCUCUCGAGCGCAUCCGCCCCCCGAACGCAAGGGGGCCCCGGACCCGGGCCCCCCCAGACACUCACCCACCAGGAGAAGGUCCCCGGGCCAGGCCGAGUCACCGCCACGGUCGGCACUGCCAGGGAAGUGGGCCUUGGCUGGGCCGGGCAGCCCCUCAGGAGGCGAACGCGGCCCAGGCUCGGGGCUAGCCCCGCGGGCUCUCUACCCGCCCGUGCCUCUACCUCACAAGCUUCUUGGCAGAAGCCCCGAGACCUACGCCUCCACGUGGCAGAAGACCGCAUCCCGGAGUCCCUCCUGCUCACCAGGCCCUGCUCAUCCUCCCUCUUCCCGACCCUUCUCAGCCCCCCAUGACUUCCAUGGCCACACCCCUGCCCGGACAGAGGAGAACAUCUUCAGCCAUCUCCCUCUGCACUCCCAGCACUUGACCCGUGCCCCGUGCCCCCUGAUUCCCAUCGGCGGGAUCCAGAUGGUGCAGGCCCGGCCGGGGGCCCACCCCACCCUGCUGCCGGGGCCCACCGCUGCCUGGGUCAGUGGCUUCUCAGGAGGUGGCAGUGACCUGACAGGGGCCCGGGAGGCCCAGGAGCGAGGCCGCUGGAGUCCCACCGAGAGCUCGUCAGCCUCCGUGUCCCCUGUGGCUAAGGUAUCCAAAUUCACACUCUCAUCGGAGCUGGAGGGCAGGGACUACCCCAAGGAGAGGGAGAGGACGAGUGGGGGCCUGGGCAGACCUCCUGACUGGGAGCCCCGAGUGGCUGAGGUGCCCGCAGAGCCCGUACCCACCCACAGCCCCGACACCCCACCCGAGGCCUCGCCCCGGCUAUCCCAAGGCCGCAGGCCAGAGUCCUGGAGCCCCCGCUUGGAGUCACCACGCACGUUGGCCAACCUCGUGGCCUCCACCGCCUCGCCCCUGGACCGCAGCAGUUCCGUGGGCUGCCUGGCAGAGGCCUCCACUCGCUUCCCAGCCCGGAGGAGGAACCUCUCUGGGGAACCCAGGACCAGUCAGGGCUCCCCCGAGCCCUCAGGAAGUGGGGGGCCUGAGGCACUUCCACACCAGCCCAAGGACAGGGGCCCCCCAAGCACUUAGCCUCUCUCCGACUGCUUCAGCAUCUGGCUUCCGGUGUUCAGCAACAGACAUUUCCAGCCAACUUCCUCGAAUCAUCUUGCUCUCACGGGCUCCUUCUCCCACCUGUCCGUCUGUCCAAACAGCUUCUGCUCAGCACCCAACUGUUCUAUCUUCCCACGUAUGCAGUUUCCUGUGCCUUUUUCUGUACCUUUUGUUGCUUGAAAAGAAACAAACAAAACACAUGCGCGCGCGCACACACACACACACACACACACAAACAAACAAAAACCCACGAGGAGUUUGAGGCUGUGAAUAUUCUGUGCUUUUUUUGAGCAAGGGUGUAGGUGUGGCCUCAGCCUGGGCCACUGUGGUCUGCAGCCACCCCCCCAGGGCUGGCAAGAGGUGGCCACGUGCUGAGGGAGAGGGGGAUGCACUGAAGGAGAAAGGAAAAAAAAGAACAAAAAACCUUUAAAAAUAUAUAAUUAAAUGUAAAAGCAAGCAUCCUAUGUACAGAUGUUCAUGGUUCCUAUUUAUUCCCACUUCAUUCCACCCCAGCUAGUGGCCACCCUCACUGCCAGCAGAAGGUCAGUGGCCCAAGGCAGGGGGACCCCACUCAGCCUCUCAGAAAACUCCAGUUUUCUUUUUCCCAAGGAAAAGAAAAUGUUACCUUUCUUAGGAUUUCAACACAGAUGAGAGGAGCAGACAGAAGGUAGGAGCUUGCUGGUUCCCCCAGGGCUCCGUGAUACCCAGGUGUCCUGAACUGUGUACCCAUCCCGGCACCCUUACAAAUUCCCCUGGCCCCCCACCCUCAAAACUACCCCUCUAUCCCCACCCCUAGGCCCUAAGCUGCGAAAAGAGCCCUGACUAUUCAUGUCCUGGUUCCUGAGGACCCAAAUGGGGCCUUGCUUCGGGCCCCCAGCUACAGACUGCCUCCCUUGUUCUAGAAACUACCCACAAGGCCAAAGUGACAGGGCCCAGACCCUAGGGGUCAAGAUCCAAGGUGUAUUGCCUUGCAUUACCGAGGCCAGGGCUUGGGUUUCCUUGCAUGUUUGGUCCCUAGGGCUCAAAGGGCCCUAUUUCUUCCAUGGCUGAGCUUUUCUAGUGCUCAGAACUGGAAGUGUAAGUGUAUAGGGACCCGUUUCUGGAUCUCUUUUCAAAAGCAGGACUGGGUUCCUCCCCUCAUCCCCACCCCACACACUGUCAAGCCUCCACUACCCCCCAGGAAGCACCCAAAACCAUGACUGCUGGGAACUGCCCAGGCCUGUUUGUUGGUUUAAAUCUCUUUGAAAAAUUACACACACACACACACUCACUCACACAGGAUGGUAUUUGGUACCUCUCCCAGCCUCCUCAGAUUCUCUUGACCUAGAAGAAUUGUCCUAAAUCAACUGAAUUCUUCUCCAAAGCAAUCAGGACUAGGCAGCCGUCUCCUCCCUCAGCCUUGUCUCCUCCCUCAAGAAACUGCCCUGUAUUUCCUGGGGGCAAAAACCUGCUUUGUAAGAGAAAUAAUAAGACCAGAAAUGAAAAUCCCAAGUUGAAAUAGAGAACUCAUGUUUACCCUGCCCUGGGAGAGGCGGGUUCUCUCACAAGCUUCCAGAAUUUCUUUUCUUUCAUUUCUACAGAGAGGGAGAAACCACAGGGACGAUGGCCCCGGCCCACUUGGGCUAGGUGCUGAAGCUGCCUUACAGAGCAGCCAAGUCCCUGGCCAGUCCCCAGGCCUCAGUCAGGCUGUGCGAACCCUGUGCCUGGGGCCUCCUGAGCGACUGAAGUUGUACAGACAGGAUACAGGUUGAGGCUCUAAUUCCCUUCUCUGCCAGUUCAGGGCCUUUCCCUGCCUGGCCUCUGCUGAGUAGACAGGCCAGCCCCAAGUUCCGUUAAGACACAAACCAGACAAUGGGGAAGGGCCUCCCUGGGGGUCUGCUGGGCUCUGAGGCGCGGGCGGGUGAGGUCAGCUGUCCGUGCUCAGCUGCCUGCCCCAGAGUCCGGGGCUCCUGCCACCCUGGGAGAAGACCAGCAAGCCCAGCCUUGACUACUGGCCCUGUAUUGGCCUCACAGGAAAUGGGAAGGUGCCCGGCCCUGGUUACAGCCCAGGCUUCCCUGACUUUCCCUCACCCUCCUGUCAGCCCUACCAGUGGACACUUCUAGCCUUGGGGCCUGGGAGCUAGAUAAAGGGCAUCACUUCAGCCCAGGUUUGAAACCUUUCUGGGCAAGAUCUUCUAGCCCAGACCUACAAAGUAGCAGAUGGGGGUUUUUGCUAGCCGAGCCCCUGACCUUGGGGGUAGUCAGGCCUCUCCCGCCAGGCACACACCCCUGCUCUCCUGGACAUCAUUCCCCUGUUCUGGGAUAGCCCGCCAACUGAGAUUUCCUCCCUGGGAGACCCAGUCAUGGGCAAUGUGGCCAAGUCCUCGCAGCCACUCAGGCCCACAGGCAUAAGCAGAGGGGACAGGGACCGGGAGUCACCAGAGAUCCGUUUCUCAAUGACGGGGACAUAAUGCACAAACAGAAUCUGGCUGAAGGGCUGUUGCCCCACACCGAUCCUCAGAGGGAUGGCAUCAGUGCCACCAGCCUGGGACAGAUGUCGCUGGGCAAGGGCUAACCCCUCCUAUCACCCUCUGCCCGUGCUCCUCCAAGCACAGAGGCCCCAGCGCACACACACACCCCUCCAUAGUUCGGAAAAGGAUGCUCACUCCAUGCCCUCCCCGAGGGUACCCUGUCCCACUCCCAACCCCUCCUACAUUUGCAGUUUUCAUGUCAUGCCCCUGUUCCUGUUAAGCAGGGGCAGCACCAAGAGUAGUGCUGAUUGGCUGCCACAGACACCUGUUGGUGCUCUGUGGAAGCUUGUCGGCUGGUCCUUGGCUCUUGGCCGAGUGGCUGGAACCAAGCUGCCGAGGUCUCCCAGCCAGCCCUCACCCUCUGUUAGGAAUUCCAAGACACUCAGCCCCCAGGCCUACCCUCCAGGAUGCCCCCCACCCUCAGCAAGCUCAGGGCCAUUCUGGGUAUCCUCUGAGGCACCACGCCCAGGACCCUCCCCCCCCCCCCACCCCCGGCUCCCCUGCCCAUGGUUUGCAUUCUGGCCCAGCCGCAGAGCCCCUCCGGGACGCUGAGAGCAGCAAACUGGCUACUCCCCCUUUUCCAUCACCUCCAGCUUCCAGGCCCAGAAGUCUCUCUGCCUCCCUCUGGGGGGAAAAAGUCUGAAAGAAUUACCUUCCAGAUCCCUGGCGCCCCAUUCCAUUCUCCACCCUGCCCUUCUGAAUAGGAACCAGCAAUAUAUCUGAGCUGAACUGCUCUCCAGUCCUUUCUCCAGGAAAAAAUCCUCCUUAAAGCAAAAGCCCUGCCUCAGAGACAGAUCUGCAGCCCUGAGCAGGGGGAGAAAGUUCCCGAAGGCCAGUCCCGCAAAUUCUGCUUCUGUGGUGUGGCUCCGGUCUGCUUUCCAUUAGAAAACCGCUUCGGCACUUAUGAUCACUUUACUAAACCUAGCGUUUAAAAAGAAGAAGAAGAAGAGGAAAAGAAACCGAAAAAGGAAAUGUGUAGGCAAAUGUAAGAUACAUGUGCUCUGUAAGAUAAAUAUUUGCCUUUUUUUUUUCUAAAAGGUGUAUGUAUUCUGUAUGUGAAUUGUCUGUAGAGAGUUUCUAUGUUCUUAAAUGGCAAUACAUUCCAAAAAUUGUCUUGUAGAUAUGUACAGCAGCAACAUGGGGAUGGGGUAGUUUUGCCUGUAAUUUUAUUUAAACUCCAGUUUCUACACCUGCAACUUGCAAUGUUGGUAUGGUAUCUAUCAGUGCAAAAGAGAAAAAAAAAAAAAAAAACUCAACAAAAAAACC